AUGGGUGGCCGCUACAUUCUAGGUCUCAGAUCCGUCAUCUGCAACGCCUCGGGUCCAGCCUACGUCGUGGAGAUGGCGUAUCCCGCAUACCGUGGCUUCCAGACCGGCCUAUAUCAAGCCAUGUUCUUUUGCGGAACCGUCACCACGACCUGGCUCGAGUACGAGCUCAGCUACCUUCCGGCCGACUCGGUGCUGGCCUGGCGCCUCCCUCUCGCCAUGCAGGCUAUUCCAAGUCUCGUUCUCCUGGCCUGCGUCUACUACAUGCCCGAGACGCCGCUUUGGUGGAUGGCGCGCGACACGGCCGACAAAGCCAAGGAGAUCCUGGUCAAGUACCAUGGCGACGGCAACGAGAAUUCCGCCAUUAUGACUCUAGAAAUCUACUAUCUUCCGUUGGUGGUCGCCACCGUCGGCAUCACGAGCGUCAAGACGAAGCUUCUCCUGAAGGCGCUGCAGACCCCUGUCAUGAUGAUCGCCUCGCUAAAUAGUCUCUACCUAAUUGACCAUUUCAACCGCCGCACUCUCCUCAUGAUUGGCGGUACCCUUAUGACGUGCUCCACGGCUAUUAUCACUGCCUGUAUCGCGCAGCAUGCCGUCAGCAAGGCUGUCAGCGGAACCAUCUUCUUGGUGGCCUUCGCCGUCUGCUGGGCACGUAACGUUCAAUACGGAGGACCUCUUUCGACGACAGUGUACUGA